AUCAUUUAUAGCUAUCUAGCGGUGCCGGUUAGUAGUGUGCUCAAGUCGCGUAGAUCUCGCUUGGCGUGUUGUUUAAGAACAAACAGAUUAAAUAUAAACAAAAAUGAGUUCCAAAGAGAAUAACGAAGUUGCUGUUGACAAAAUCGAAAAUGAACAGAAUUCUGGAGAUGCUAAAUGUGAAUUGAAAGGAACGAAACGAACGGCAGAGGAUAAAACGGAUGAUGCUAAGAAAGCUAGGAAAGAUAAGGAAGAAAAUGGUGCAGGGUCAGCAGGUGAGGAAGUAGAGGAAGAAGAAGAGGAUUAUGAUGAAGAUAUCCCAGAAGGCUUCGAUGAAGAGAUUGAAGGAGAAGAAGAGGACGAUGAUGAUGAGGAAGCAGUGGAAGGUGAAGAAAGUGUAGAAGAAGAAGAAGACGAUGCAUAAUAAUAUGGGGUAGCUGUAUGGCUAUCUGUGUGAACAACUAGUGACAAACUAUUAAAAGUGCAAAGUCCCAAGCUACAUUGUGGCUGAAAAUAAUAGACUCGACAAAUUCUCAAUAACAUUUUAUUAUUUUACCUCAGUCAGUAUCAUAUAAAUCUCAAACUAUGAGUUCUAAUUAAAGGAAUUAAGUUCAAAAAUCCGUUAUAUUUCGUAUUUGUGUUCACGAUCUACCUUGUGACCUUUGCAGUGAUUUCAAACCGGGAGAGAGAAUUUGUUUUGGACUGCGACAGAACCCGCAGUACCUGACUCUUUCUUAUUCUUUAACUUAUUAUUACGUAUCUUCUUCGAUUUGUAAAAAAUGUCCAUUUGUGUAAAAUAGACUUAAAAGAUAAGCUUGAGUUUGUCUCUUAGUACAGUAAUUUUUAAUUUUUGGGUUUUUGAGAUCCAGUGAGAAUAUCGUGAAAGUUAAUCGUGAGGAAUUUCUAAUAGUUUUGAUUUCUUUAAUUUCUGGUCGAAAUUAUGAAUGAAUUGUGUGUUAUCAUUGACGGCAAUAAUCUAUUGCAAAGUAGGAUAUAAUAGAAAAUAGUCCCUGAACCUGUUUUAACUGCUGUAUCCUGUGUGUAUAAAAUUUUAUUUAGUUUUCUGUAAUUUAAUCUAAAAGUAACAAACUUGAGCUGAAUCCAUUGAAUUGUUUUUUGUAUUUCUGAAAACAUUUUCGAAUAUAACUUAGGUAAUUGUCUGUUAUGAACUGGAACAUUUUGGUUUCAUCCAUUCCACAAAGUAAUUCUGUUGAAUCGAGUUACAUGCAUGUGAUACAUACAAUGUCUUUUAUAAAAAAAAUUCUUGAAUUGAAGCCAAAGCAAUUACAAAGAAAACUGUUAGUUUGUAAUAACUUUGAUUUCCUGGACAAGAAAUUUUUUUAUGAAAUGAAGUUAUGUGUAUAUCUUGGAUUGUGAAGAUAUUUGGCCUUUUUCAUUUUUUGUAUGCAAAGUUUGAUGACAACUAAAUUUUUUGUAACAGUGCUGUAUGAACGUUCUUGAGUGAUGAAAAUGGAUACAAAUUGUUUCAUAA